AAACCACUCCACUUGCUGAGCCCCACAAGAAACAUUUCUCACAACCAUGGCUAAGCAUCCCCUCGUUGGAAAGCCCGCCCCGUCUCUGUCGCUCUUCAAUAACAAAGGGGAGACGUACAACUUCACCCCUGGUACGCAAGGCGCACCAGUGGCACUCUUUUUCUUUCCUAAGGCUGGGACGUAUGGGUGUACCCGUGAAGUGUGUCAGUUCCGCGAUGCUUUAGUUGAUCAAGACACGUUCAAGCGCUCCAACAUCAUAAUCGUGGGCGUCAGUCCCGAUUCUGUUGACACGCUCAAAGAUUUCGCCGCCAAGCAGAAGGUCACGUACCCUAUUUUGAGCGAUCCCAAUGGAGAGGCACGCAACGUGUACAGCGUUGGCAAAGGCCUAUUUGGUCUCUCGGAGGCACGCGUCACGUACUUCAUCGACCAGAAUGGCAUCGUUCGAAACGCCCUUGAUGCGACUCUGAAUUUCGGCGCACAUGUGAAGUUUGUGCAGGAUUGCAUCGAAGAGCUCGAAGCUGCGGUUGAUGUACCUCAGAAGGAGAAUCCUGAGCCUAUCGCCGCUACAGCAGCCUAAGCAGGACAACGGUGGGGAGUACAAGGGUUGCCAAUCGUAGGGUGGGGUGGAACAUAUCCUCACGGAUUUAUGAAGGAGCCUAUGAAGAUGUAAUCGUUAAUACAUAAAUACCAGUAUUGCUGUCAUGAAAUCAAUCGAUGCGUGAUGUUAAUGAUG